AUGGAGAAAAACUUGUCGCUACUUUUCUCCGAAUCGGAGAAUGCUACAGUAUUCACAGAAGUGGUGCCCAACGGAAAAAUUGCUGUUCUCGUGGGUACAUGCUCAAUUGUUUUUUGUUUUAUCUUCCCUUUUUAUAUCGUCGUCUUUCGCUCUAAUAGACAAAGGGAUAGGUCUACGCCCAUAUUUCCAAUUAUUAAACACUUUUAUUCAACUGUUGUGAGAACUUAUAUUCUACAUUUUGGAUUUUAUGUGAUUGUAAUAAUAUGUUUCGCUUUGAACUCUAGUACGCUUUUCAUCCUGGUUUUUUUAUUCCUUAUAUUAUGGGCAGCACACUUAACUAUGAGUAACAAAGUGAAUCAACUAUUGAUGGGAAUUCUUGCUAUUCAAAGAUUUUGCAUAUGUUUCCACCCAAGAUCUGAAAACUAUUUGAAAAUUACACACGGAACUUUGAAUUGGAUUGUAUUUAUAGGAUACGCAUAUUUUUUGCUCGAGAAAGUCAUUUUUUUUUUGAUGUGUUUGCGCGAUUUUGAAGCUGCGAAAGUUUUUUAUAUGUUUUCCUACAUUUCAAUGCAUUUGUUUUUGUUGAUUUCUGCACUAACAUACAUUCUUUUAAUAUUGAAUAUUUGGAAAAAAUCAAAGCAUUUAACAUCCGCUAAACUGAACAAACCCCAAAACUAUAUAAUGUGCCAGUUUCUGUUGAUAAUUGCUUCAAAGUUCAUAAAUAUUCCAAUUUUCUUUUUUAAUCGAGAUUGGUUUGCUUUCAACGAAGGGCUGGACGGUUACAUUUCUAUUUUUCUGAUUCAAGUUUCAUAUUUGGUUUGCAACCACAGAAAUUUGCAAUUGUUUUUAGACUCGUUAAAAUCCCGAAAUGUGUUCAAACUUUUUUGUUGUCCAUUUUCCAAAAGCUCCCAAGUUGGUGUUGUUGCACAGCCGGUUAUGCGAAUUUAUUCAACAAAUGUUCAGUGAACCUAUUUCUAAGAAAUUUAUAAACUUCAAUAAUAAUUGCUGACGCUUU